AUGAAAUGUGUUAACGGAGGUUUAACACUAACCACGACGGGGUCAAACACCUCGUCCACUCAUUUCCCACCUAAAAUCUACGCAUCCCUCAAUGAAAUUCGAUCUGGUAUGAUGGAGUGGGACAGUAAUUCGGAGUCUGAUCUGAGCGGAAGCGAAGAGGAGGAGGAGGUAGCAGAAGCGUUGGGGUUUCUCUUAAGGAAGAGUGGUGGAGGUCUGCCGUUUCCCGUGGACAGGCUGCUGCAGCCGGCGCCUUGUGGGUUUAUUGUCACGGAUGCGUUAGAGCCGGACCAGCCGAUUAUUUAUGUUAAUUCAGUAUUCGAGAUGGUUACUGGGUACCGAGUAGAGGAAGUUCUUGGCCGGAACUGCCGUUUCUUGCAAUGUAGAGGCCCAUUUGCUAAGCGAAGGCAUCCAUUGGUGGAUCUCACCGUAGUUACUGAAAUAAGAAGAUGCCUCGAGGAAGGAGUUGAAUUUCAAGGCGAAUUGUUAAAUUUUCGAAAAGAUGGAAGUCCCUUGAUGAAUAGGUUGCGAAUGACCCCAAUAUAUGGAUCUUCAGCGAAGGAAUCCAGAAGGGCAUCCGAUAGGUUUAGGUUUAAUAUUUCUCCUGGUGGAGUAUUUUCAGAUGGGAACAAGAAUACCAAUCGUGGGGUUUGUGGGAUAAUGCAGUUGAGCAAUGAAGUUCUUUCUAUGGAGAUUCUUUCACGGCUGGCUCCAAGGGAUAUUGCAUCCAUUGGCUCUGUUUGUUGGCGGCUUUAUGAUUUGACAAAAAAUGAAGAGCUGUGGCGAAUGGUAUGUCAAAAUGCAUGGGGUCUCGAGACAACUCAAGUAUUAGAGACAGUUCCUGGAGCUAAACGUUUGGGGUGGGGUAGGUUGGCUAGGGAACUUACCACUCUUGAAGCAGCAGCCUGGAGAAACCUAACUGUUGGAGGUGCUGUUGAACCCUCUCGUUGCAACUUCAGUGCAUGUGCUGUAGGGAAUCGUGUGGUUCUUUUUGGUGGUGAGGGAACCAACAUGCAACCCAUGAAUGAUACAUUUGUUCUGGACCUGAACUCAAGUAAUCCAGAGUGGCAGCAUGUCAAAGUGAGCUCUCCACCUCCUGGGCGCUGGGGCCACACGCUUUCUUGUGUAAAUGGGUCUCAUCUUGUUCUGUUUGGGGGCUGCGGGAGGCAAGGCUUACUCAAUGAUGUUUUUGUCUUGGAUUUGGAUGCAAAACAUCCUACUUGGCGUGAAAUCUCCAGCUUGGCUCCUCCACUUCCUAGAUCUUGGCAUAGCUCCUGUACCCUUGAUGGGACCAAGCUGAUAGUGUCCGGUGGUUGUGCCGAUUCUGGAGUCCUUCUUAGUGACACUUUCCUGCUUGAUCUUUCGAUGGAGAAACCUGUAUGGCGAGAGAUACCAGUAGGGUGGACUCCACCUUCACGUUUGGGCCACACGUUGUCUGUUUAUGGUGGUAGGAAAAUUUUGAUGUUUGGGGGUCUUGCCAAAAGUGGUCCUCUGCGGUUUAGAUCAAGUGACGUGUUCACCAUGGACCUGAGUGAGGAUGAACCAUGUUGGAGAUGUGUAACAGGUAGUGGGAUGCCUGGAGCCGGAAAUCCAGGUGGCAUAGCCCCCCCUGCUCGACUUGAUCAUGUGGCAGUGACCCUCCCUGGUGGUAGUAUCCUAGUCUUUGGUGGAUCUGUGGCUGGUCUUCACUCUGCAUCCCAGCUUUAUAUACUUGAUCCUACUGAAGAAAAACCAACAUGGAGAAUUCUGAAAGUACCUGGGCGACCUCCAAGAGUUGCUUGGGGACAUAGUACAUGCGUGGUCGGAGGCACAAGGGCCAUAGUCCUUGGAGGUCAAACUGGGGAAGAAUGGAUGCUAAGUGAGCUUCACGAGCUAUCUUUAGCCAGCUCUGUCGCAUGA